AUUAAAUAUUAAGUAAUAUGCAAGGUUCUGAGCGUAUCUUUGUUGUCGGUGGAACUGGUAACAUUGGAACGAGUGUUGUUCGUGAGCUGCUUACCAGAAACGUGCCCGUAACACUAUUUGCCCGUGAUCCUGCAAAGGUGAAUGCUCUCUUUGGUAAUAACAACCUCAUUCAAGUUGUUCCUGGCAAUUUUGAUGACCUCAGUCCUUUGAAAAGUUCAUUGACCGGUCAUUCAAGAAUGUUUCUACUUAUAAGCGAUAUUGAAAGAUAUGUGCAAUUGAAAACAGAGAUUAGCCAAUAUGCCUUUGAGUCAGGCAUAAAGCAAAUUGUUAACCUCUCAGAUAUCCUAGCCAGCUAUCCUUGGCGUACCACUUACUUAGGUCACCGAUCUAGGAUUGUAGAAGAAGCUAUUUUGAAUAUGUCCAACCGUGGCUACUGCGUUUCUCUACGUCCCACUCGUUUGAUGUCGAAUUUUCUGGUCUUUGAACGUCUACAAGACAAUGUUACUUUUGAUACUAUUGACGAAGACAAACCUCAAGGGUGGAUUUCUCCAAACGAUAUUGGAGCAGUGGCUGCAGCUAUUUUGACUGAGGAUAUAGAAAAGCAUGCCGAUGCUGUUUACGAGCUUAGUGGUGAUGCCAUUACACCUAAACAGCGUGCAGAGAUCUUUGCUCGUGUGCUUAAUCGACCUGUCACAUAUAAAAAGAUAUCAGCUGCUGAGAAAUACCAGACAUACGUGAGCUGUGGUUGUCCUCAUCUUGUCGCUUAUACGGCGUCUACUUCCAUGGCCUCUAUUGAUGCUCAUUCUGCAUAUAUCACGGAUGGUAUCGAGAUUUUGAUAGGAAGAAAGCCUGAAACUCUCGAAAAGUAUGUUCUUGCUAACAAGGACAAGUUUUAAAAAAAAAAAAUAAAGCUGAUAAAUAAACUUUU